AAACUAUGUAUAAGUACUCGGCAAACGCUCACUACAACACAUACAGCGACUAGUAAGCCAUCUACAAGGUUGAACCAAAACUACUAGAACUCCACCGCUCCUACAGAGAAGAUGGACAGCAAAACCCAAAAACAGUGUUCCUGCUGCGAACCAACCUGUGCAUGUGCAUGCUGCAAAGGACAAAAAGACUCGGACAACUGCUGCUCAAAAGACUGCAAAUGUACUUGCUGCAAAUCCGGCAGCGGUUGCUGUAAGGAUCAAAAGGCAUGUCGUUGUGCAGCAUCUGGUUGUAAAUGUUGCCAAGAAGAGUGUAAAGACGCCGGCUGCUGCAAGAACUCGGGCAACUGCAAGGACUGUAGCUGUUGUAAAAAGUUUGGUUGCUGUAAAGAAGGUGAGGCAUGCCGUUGUGCAGCAUCUGGUUGUAAAUGUUGCCAAGAAGAGUGUAAAGACCCCGAAUGCUGCAGGAACUCGGGCAACUGCAAGGAUUGUAGCUGUUGUAAAAAGUUUGGUUGUUGUAAAGAAGGUGAAGCAUGCCGUUGUCAAGUAGCUGGUUGUAAAUGUUGUCAAGAGGAGUGUAAAGAGGAUGGCUGCUGCAAGAAUUCUGGUAACUGCAAGGAUUGUAACUGUUGUAAAAAGUUUGGUUGUUGCAAGGAAGGUAGUUGCAAGAGUGAGGUAUGCAAAUGUGGGGCUGGAGGGAGUAAAUGUUGCAAAGACGGAAAAUGUGCCUGUACUAAAGGUUGUUCUCCUGAUUGCUGCAAGGGCUCUGGGAACUGCAAAGAAUGUGAGUGUUGCAAGAAUCGCAAAUGUUGCAAACAGUAACAACACACGAGAAGAUUAAAUAAAACACUUAGUAUUAAUAAAAAAUGUAAUAAGUAAUUAAUGAUGUUUAAUUAGUUAGGUUAUUAGUGUAUUUUUCAUUGUAUUCUUUAUAAUACUUGGUUUAAAUAAAAAGUUCCUACAUGCUA